AAUAUUGCUUAACUUUUGUUCAUAUCUCAACUUUGUCUCAACAGGAAUAACACCCAAUGAUUCUAACUACUACAGCAAGACCACUAUUUGUAAAUCACUCCUUAUUAAACGAGGGAGAAUUCAUGUAGGCAAGAAACCCUACAAGUGUGGAGAAUGCGGUAAGGCCUUGAGUUCUCAUAAAGCACUUUCCAUACACCAGAGACUUCAUACUGGAGACAAACCCUAUGAGUGUGAAGAGUGUUGUAAGGCCUUUAGUACUCGCUCGUCACUUUUUAUACACCAGAAAAACCAUACUGAUAAAAAACCCUACAAGUGUGAAGAAUGUGGCAAAUCGUUUUACUAUCCUUCAAUGCUCAAGCAACAUCAGAGAAAUCAUUCUAGAGAGAAAACCUACAAGUGUCAAGAAUGUGGAAAAUUCUUUUGCUAUCCUUCAUUCCUUAAACAACAUCAAAGAAUUCACUGUAGAGAAAAUCUCUCCCAGUAUGAAGAAUGUAUCAAAAGAUUUUCCCCUCCUCUAUACCUUCAGGAACAGGAACAAAUCUAUACUGGCGAGAAACCCUACAAGUGUGGAAAAUGUUAUAAAGCCUUUCGUUGUCUCUCAGCCCUUAGGAUACACAAGACAGUUCAUACUGGAGAGAAACCUUACAAGUGUGGUGAGUGUGGAACAUCUUUUUCCUCAUCUUCCUGCCUUAGAAGACAUCAAACAAUUCACUCUAUAUACAACCCCUACAAGUGUGAAGAGUGUGGGAGAUGUUUUUCCUCAUCUUCAUCCCUUAGAAGACAUCAAAUAUUUCACUCUGAAGACAACCCCUACAAGUGUGAAGACUGUGGCCGAUGUUUCCGCUUCUCUUCAUCCCUUACCAGACAUCAAACAUUCCAUUCUGAGGAGAAUCCCUAUAAAUGUGAAGAAUGUGGAAAAACUUUUUCAUAUAGUAGAAGUCUUCAGGAACAUCAAACAAUUCAUUCUGGAGAGAAACCGUACAAGUGUGACAAUUGCCCCAAAGCCUUCCGUUAUCGCUCAUCCCUUAGGAGACAUAAGACAGUUCAUACUAGAGACAAAUUUUACAAGUGUGAACAGUCCUCAUGCCUUGUACGACAUCAAGCAAUUCACUCUGAAGACAAUCUACACAAGUGUGUGGAAUGUGGCAAAGCCUUUGUUAAUGUUUAUAGCCUUACUCGACACAUGGCAGUUCAUACUGGAGAGAAAUCUUGCAAAGGUCUUAAAAAGUUUAUACUUCUUCAGCCCUUAAAAGACAUCAAAUAAUUCAUAGUGAAUAAAACUCUGUGACUGUG